AUGAUAUGCGCGAAAAGUGAACGGGACUUGCAAAUGAACUUAGGGGCAUGGAAAGAAGAACUGGAGAAGAGGAACAUGAGAAUCAAUUGUAACAAAACGAAAGUCAUGGUAAUUGGAAAGGAGAACAGAAGCAUGGACAUAGAAAUUGGGUCAGACAAAAUUGAACAGGUGGACGUAUAUAAAUACCUGGGAGUACUGAUACAUAGAGACGGCAGCAUGGAUGCAGAAGUGCAGGACAGAAUUAGCAGUGCAGCAAGAUUAUAUCACGCGCUAAGGAACAAAUUCAUCUCAAAAAGGGAAGUCAGUGACAAAACUAAAAUGACAGUGUAUAAAACAAUAUAUCGGCCAAUACUAACAUUCGGGAGUGAAACGUGGAACAUAACAAGCGCAAUAAAAAGUAAAGUGCAAGUAAUGGAGAUGAAGUUUUUAAGAAGGAUAAAAGGAAUAACAAGAUACGACAGAAUAAGGAAUGACACAAUCAGAGAGGAACUAGGAGUGGAAACGGUAAUCCAGACAAUAGAAACACAGCAACUAAGAUGGUUCGGUCACUUAAACCGGAUGGACGACAACAUUCCAGUCAAACGUAUAUGGGAAGCCAAAGGCCAGGGCAGAAGGGGAAGGGGACGACCUAAGAGAACGUGGAACCAACAAGUGGAAGCAGUUUUGGAUACAAGAGGAAAAACAUGGAUGGAGGCAAAAACGCUGUCCAGGAACAAGACACUGUGGAAAAUGCUUUUGAAAGAAAGGUAUCCCCAACCACAGGAAUAG